AUCGCACUGCAGUUAUGGCCUGGAUAUUUCACCAGGCGGUUAAGCUUGCGGGUAACGCCAGCAAAGAGAUGAUGAGAGUUGUGGAUAACGCGGCAGAAACUGUUGUCGUUGAAACUGGCAUUGGAAAAGCGUUUGAAAUUGUUACAGGUCUGCAUGUCAAACCAGAUGUGUUUCAGAAUGGGAUCGACGUAGAAGCACCGGAUGAUACCUAUGGGCUCUUUAACAACCCCCUGGUGAAGCUCGAGGGACAGGUCAUCAAGCUGAAAAGCUCAGAUGGAGAUUUUGGUGGAAACAGCAAUGGCAAAGUUCUGGUGCAUGGAAUCAAAGUGACUUCAUACACUACUGAAGUGGACAAGAAUGGAGUUGUUGCUGAAGGGAACGUUGGUCUAUACUUCUCGACAGAUGUUGAACACAAGGGUCGUCUGAUUCGAAUGAUAACACCAGAAGAGUUAUACACUGCGGGGAAACAGACGUGUUAUGAACUUGGCGUUUCGGAAAUGAUGGGCGACGGUAUUGACCAUGUUAUUAAUGCGGUAUGCCCUGGGAUGACUCUGAAAGAGUUGUGCCAUAAUCUCUCAAGUACCAUUUGGUACUUCCGAGUUGACGGAGGAGUCGGUUUGGGCGUAGGAGGGGCGCUAAAGAACGGAAUGGAUACUUCCGUCAGCUUCUUUUCUAAAGACAAAGGCGACAUGAAAGUUGAUUUCACAUGUUACGGUUGCUCCGGGCUGUGCCCCGUUGGAUUCUUCAUAGGCGUGUCCAAGAACCCGGUGGGCGGGAAGAAGUAUGCAAUUUACCUCGCACCCUCUGUUGGUAUGGAAAUCGAAUGUGUUGAAGCUGGAGUUUCUGUUGCAGUUGAUCUUGUACUCGCGUUUGAUGAUGAGGAGGUGCACGGUAGGCUUAAGGAUCUGCUGAAGGGAAUCUCUCGCCUUCCAGGAGUUGGAGGGCUCAUGCAGAUGUGUCUGGAGUAGCUGUAGAACAGGUACGUUGGCCGUUGACCACAAAAUGGGCUAAGAAUGAGUGAAGAGACAAUUAUGCAUGAAAAGUUAAUUUUUUGAUGAUAUUUUUGUCCAUAUUUUUUCUAGUAUAUAGCUCUUUUGGAUCUUUUUCUAGUAUAUAUAGCUCUUUUGGAUCUUUUUAAUUUAGUUUUAAAUCUUUUUUGUUGGUGAUGUAAUUGGGUUUUGUCCGUGAACAUGACGUGAACAUGACGUGAAUCAUUGAUUUUCUUUUAAAUAUAUGUUACCGUUCGCGUUAUAUAUUACCGUAUAAAUAUAAUUAUUUAUUAAGCUAAAGCAGAGAUGUGAUGUCAUUUGUCAGACGCAGACUGCGUUUUAAUUUACUAAGAACCUGUAUAAUCUCUAUCAGGGGUUACAGAGGUACCAGAACUCUUCCACCCACAGCAAUAAGUGAUUUGGACCUUCCUUUGAGUUUUAAUAAACAACACUAAAAUGUGUGUGAGAAUUGCUGGUACACGUUCACAGCUGACAAGUUACCCCCCAGUUCCAUGGCCGGGUAUUUUCACGUGUAUGUUCACGUGUACGGUUCACGGGUUUGUUCGCGUGUACGGUUCACGUGUACGGUUCACGUGUACGGUUCACGUGUACGGUUCACGUGUACGGUUCACGUGCACGGUUCGCGUGUUCGGUUCACGUGUACGGUUUACGUGUACGUUUCACGUGUACGGUUCACGUGCACGGUUCACGUGUACGGUUCACGUGUACGGUUCACGUGUAUGGUUCACGUGUAUGGUUCACGUGUAUGGUUCACGUGUAUGGUUCACGUGUAUGGUUCACGUGUAUGGUUCGAACGUGUAUGGUUCACGUGUAUCAUGGUUCACGUGUAUGGUUCACGUGUACGCGGGUACGGGCACAAAAUGUAGUACCCGUGUCUGUACCCGCAAACCUACCCGGCACCCGUGAAAAUACCCGGCCAUAGAACUGGGGGUAAGGCUUGAAAUACAUACCACAUUGUUACAAUACUUGAGAUUACUGAUUAGUGGUGCAGCUUAAAAAUGUUAAAAUGAAUAUCAUUGAUAUGAUGAGGCGAAUUGGCAUAUUUUUUUGAAUUGGCAUAUUUUUCAUCAAGAAUGGCAUGCAGGAUCAGGUUAUGGAGCUCAGCAAAUCCCUCAGUGAGCUAAAUUUGUUAGGAUCAAAAGCAGGGGUAAGAGGGUGCAAAUGUUGUGAAGGGGGCAAUGCUAUUUUUAAAUAAUUGCACGGUACAUUUAUUUUUAAUUGUAAUUGACGAAAUGAGAGUCUCCACUCAGUGUGUU